UGGACGAGGAAAGUGACGAGGAGGCACCUUCGGUUCUCGCGAAGGUUCAGCCUAAGAGAGUUGUGGAGCACCCCCCCGGCUCUUGCUUGAAGAGAAGUUAUCCCCAGAGAAGGAUGAUGACAGGGAUGGGGGGAAGGAUAUUCCCACUGGGUGCCUCCUCGUGCUGACGGGAAGAAUGAUCUCAUGGAGGCCCCGAAGGAUUCAAUUGCUUUUCAGGCUGGCGAAGACGACAAGGCCCAAGGGACCGCGGGGGCUGAUGUCCACUUGGUUGAAGCGAAAGAUUGUUUUUCUGAACUAGGUACCUUCUCGAUCUUUGGGCGCCUUGCUUUCCAAGGGCCUGACAUUGACCCUUAUCUUCGGUUCCCCCUUCAAGUAGAUGUUGCAAGCAUGAUGAAGGAGCUCGGGGAUUUGCUGGAGCUAGAACCUUCAGAGGAUGAGGCUGCUGGGGUCGCGUCGAGGGACCAGCCAGCUCUCCCCGGGGAUGUUGAGAAUUUUGAUGCUGAGGGUAUGGCGCUCUGGCCUUGUCUUCUUUUAGGCCUUGUAUUUUGUGUAGGUUUGUCAUGUGUUUUGGCUUGUGUAGGUUUUAUGAAGGGUUUGGGAGUUUACGGGACCGGAAGUCUUGGCCGAAUGACAGCGUCAUUGUGCGCGAAGGCUUUGCUUGCCAGCCGCGCGGUUGUGGGUAGUGCGAGGAAGGAUGAGCAUAAUUUUCUUGCUCACUCUGCUGAAAAGGCUCGCCUGUUGGAGCGGAUUAGCACUUUGGAGAAGGAGAACAAGGCUUUGGAGAACCUUCGCGGUUCUUUGACAUCGGAGAAUGGACUCCUGAAGGGGAUAGUGUCCGAACAGGAAGAGACCAUUUCAAAGAUGCAGGAGAAAAUGAGUCUAGAUGAAAGUGUUCUUGAGAACCUUCGUGGUGUGGUAGAGAGAGAUGCCGCGAAGGUUGUUAACCUUCAAACGGAGGUUCGCCAGCUGAAAGCCGAUGUUGAGAGAAAAAAUGUCAAGAUCUCAGAGCUUGAGAAGGAGGUUGAGGAGGACCGCGUGAUGUGGGAAUCCACCUCGCAAGACAUCUUGAACAAGAGUGCGGCCAUCUGCGAAGAAUACAAUAAGGCUUUGGCAUCUUUCGUUACUAAGCCCUUGCCUUUCCCGGAGGACUCCGAAGGUGGCGCGUCAGGGCUGCUCGAUUGGCUGUUGGGUGAGUUUGAGGACUUGGGUCGGAUUUUGGCCAGCGUGUCGGACAACACUGCGGUGAUGACUUGUGAGAGUGUCAUGGCUGUUUUGGCUCGCGAAGGUUGCCAAGAGCUAGAAACAAUUAGCGUGCGGGACUAUGCCUUUCCAGAUUAUGCAGAGCUUGAGGAAGAGAUUACGAAGGUUCAGCCUGUUAAAAAGGCUUUCCUUCGUAAAUUUUGGAAGCUUUCUGGUCGGCAAGUGGUUCAGGAAGCUGCGCGACGGAGACUAGAGGAGGUAAGGCGUGCUCGCGAAGCCGCGAAGGAUGUUGUGGAGGAAGGUGCGCGUCUUGAGGAUAUCGCGGGAGGGUCCGUGGCUGGCGGAAGCUCCAGGGCUCUAACCGAGAGUGAUGCUUCUCAGGCAAUCGUGCCUGCCAACCAUGCUCUUUACGCUCGACCACUGCGUAUCCAUGGCGGAGGUGUUAUUGUGAGCGGGACGGAUUGGGAACGUUUUAGUUUUGCUAAUCCAGGUGCUAGUGUCGCUGAAUUCUUGAGGUGGUUUGAUGGUAGCCUCGUUUAGUACUUGGAUUCGUGGAUGCCUGACUUUGUAUUGGAUCUGAUUCAUCCUUUGAGAUGGCUUUAGCUUAUAUGUGUUCCAUCCUUCGUGGUGGAUUCUGU